GUGAGGAUAAGGGUACAAAGAGCACUUCGUCCAAGGCAUAGUUAUUUUAGAUAUUCUAAUUAGAACUGGGACUUUCUAUACAGAAUCUAAGCCUUCGACAUCUGGUAAAAGCUGUGUUCUAUAAAAUAAAAAGAUGGAUAAUGUAUUUCUCUUUGUCUGUCUUUUGACUGUGACUUUCUCAUACCCAAUUUUUAACCAACGACACCACAGACUAGUCAGGAGGGAUAAUUCUGUAAGCCACGAAAUGGCAUACUUCUAUCAAUCACAUUAUGCUGGGAUUCAAAAUCGAGUACCUGUAAUGCAGGGGGUACUAUCUCAACAUGUGUACACUUAUAUACCACAACAGCUCAGAAAGGUACCAGCUGUUAACCCCUUCAUUCCUCAACAAAAUCAGGUAUUGAAAAUGUAUUAUCCUAAUGGAUAUGUGCAGCUACAUCCACAAGUGAUCAUUCCUCUACCCCCAGUUGACCCCCCAACACCAACAACAACUGCAAGACCCCGUCUUACCCCGGCAGCUCCCCCAAGACCAACAACCACCUCAACAACCACCCCAAGACUACUUCCGCCACCAACCCCAACACAACCUAGCAUUACUGUUAACGGAAGGGGGGAUAUCUAAAUACACACUUAUUUUUUUUUUUACAUUCGUCUAUUAUCAUGCUUGAAAACUGUAUCAAU